UCUACUACCUAUAUAAUUAUUGCAUAAACAGAUUAUGUUUGUGCACUGAUAUAGAAUCAACACACAGCCCCGGCCGCCCACUUUCUCUGUUUCUUCCCACUUCCAAGACACACAAAAAUAUGGAAAGAGGGUGCAUAGAAGAAGGGCUGCCGACGACGAGGCCUUUGCUUCUUGAUGCACAGCCGACGCCCAACACUAUUCAUGAGAUUAGUAACUUCAACAGAGCGGCCAGAGAUUCCUCCAUCGCUUCAGUUCUUUUCCUUAGCACCUUCAUCGCUGUCUGUGGCUCCUUCUGCUAUGGCUGUUCCGUGGGUUAUUCGUCGCCGGCAGAAUCUGGAAUCAUCCAAGACUUAGGCCUCUCUUUGGCAGCAUACUCAGUUUUUGGGUCCAUACUGACAAUUGGAGGAAUGAUAGGUGCAAUUAUAAGUGGGAAGAUAGCUGAUGUUGUCGGUCGGAGACGAACAAUGUUAUUAGCAGAAUUAUUCUGCACUCCAGGGUGGCUUGCAAUAGCCUUUGCCAAGGAUGCAUGGUGGCUGGAUAUUGGAAGACUGUUGAUUGGACUUGGAGUAGGGCUUCUUACUUAUGUGGUACCUGUAUACGUGGCAGAAAUUACACCUAAGAGCCUCAGAGGACGAUUUACGUCAGCCAAUCAGAUGUUAACUAGUUGUGGCUUUGCAUUCUCAUACUGUAUUGGAAAUAUAAUUUCUUGGCGCACCUUGGCUCUACUUGGUUCUAUUCCAUGCCUGUUGCAACUUCUGGGUUUAUUUUUUAUUCCUGAGUCUCCUAGAUGGCUGGCGAAACGUGGCAGAGAAAAAGAAUUUGAAGCUUCUUUGCAACAUCUUUGGGGAAAAAAUGCAGAUGUAUCUGUAGAAACAAUGGAUAUAAGAGAUAUUAUCGAAAGCUUUCAACACAAUUCAGAAGGCAAUGCUCUUGACUUGUUCCAGAGGAGAUAUUGUUAUUCGAUCAUUGUUGGAGUAGGGCUAAUGUUACUGCAACAAUUUGGAGGGAACAGUGGCGUGGUAUAUUAUAGCAGUACCAUAUUUGCGGAAGCUGAUUUUUCUACAAUUCUUGGAACUACAGCGUUAGCUAUUAUAUUGCUGGUAGCAGCUACUGUGAGUCUACUCCUAAUGGAUAUAUUUGGAAGACGAACUCUCCUGAUGGUUUCUUCUGGAGGAACAUGCUUGUUCUUGUGCCUAGUUGGAUUAUCAUUCUUAUUGAAGGAACAUGGAUAUUUGAAGGAGCUCACUCCAUUUAUGGCAUUUGCUGGCUUAUUGGGUUAUCUCGCAGCUUUUGGAGUAGGCAUAUCAGGAAUACCAUGGGUUAUCAUGUCAGAGAUAUUUCCUGUAAGUUUCAAGGCCUCAGCCGGAAGCCUAGUUACCUUAACCAAUUGGUCCUGCUCCUGGCUUGUGUCUUACACAUUCAACUUUAUGAUGGAAUGGAGCUCUGCAGGCACAUUUUUCAUCUUUGCGACUAUGUGUGGUUUCACUGUUUUAUUUGUUUGGAAGUUGGUGCCAGAGACCAAAGGACGAACAUUGGAAGAAAUUCAAGCAAAAAUGGUUUUUAAUCCACAAGACAUAUGAUGAGUUAUUUUUUUUUUGAAUGUAAUUGUAAAUUAUUUUAUCUUUUUAAAAUGAAGUAAAGAGUAAGUGUCAGAUGAAAGAUCGCUACUUAUUAGUAUGAUGAAAUUUAUGAAAGAGAAAAAUUCCCUUUUA